AAGCCCCACCGCUCUCUCUGAGUGUUCUAAAUUCUCUCUAAGCUAAACGCUUCAGCAGUUUCAGCCCCAGAACCCCAUUAUAUACCAUCACAGAUUUUUCUUCUGUCUUUCAAUUCAAGGCAGAAAGAAGGGUUUAGAGUGGUCUUGGAUUCUGGGUUUUGGGUAUUGUGGGAUUAAUGAUCGGGGGUUUUUGGUGGGAGAGAUUAUUAGCUGAAGGAGUGAUUGAGGAGACAAAAAAUAAUGCGAAAGUCUUUUAAGGAUUCGCUUAAGGCGCUUGAAGCUGAUAUUCAGUUUGCCAAUACUCUGGCGUCUGAUUAUCCAAGAGAAUAUGAUGGGGCUUGCCUCCAAAUGAGAUUAUCAUACAGCCCCGCCGCUCAAUUCUUUCUGUUUCUUAUUCAGUGGACUGAUUGUCACCUUGCCGGUGCCUUAGGAUUGCUUAGAAUUCUUAUAUACAGGGCAUAUGAGGAUGGGAAGACCACCAUGUCAAUUCAUGAAAGAAAAGCUAGUUUAAAAGAGUUCUACAGUGUAAUAUUUCCCUCAUUAUUGCAACUUCAAAGGGGAAUGACUGAUGUAGAAGAGCGGAAACAGAAAGAAAUCUGUUCCAAGUACAAGAGAAGAGAUGAGACGGACAAAGGAAAGCUCUCCGAAAUUGAGUUGGAGCGAGAAGAAGAAUGUGGUAUUUGUAUGGAGAUGAACGGCAAGGUCGUAUUGCCCAAUUGCAGUCACUCUUUGUGUAUAAAGUGCUAUCGGAACUGGCGGACACGCUCUCAGUCCUGCCCCUUCUGCCGAGACAGCCUCAAAAGAGUUGACUCAUGUGAACUUUGGAUCUACACUGGCAACAAUGAGAUUGUUGACAUGUCUGCAAUCUCUAGGGAGAAUUUGAAAAGACUAUUUAUCUACAUUGAUAAGCUGCCUCCUCUUGUUCCAAAGCAUGGGGUUGUUUCUUAUGACCUUUAUCGAUAAAGAUUUUUUAUCGAUAAGGAUUUUUUCUGUAAAUGUUGUAUAGUCUUGUUAGAAGUAAGUCCUAUUUAAACAGGCUGGAAACUUUUAGCUGUAGUUGACACCAGGUUGAUUGUAUGUAAUUCUCAUUCAAUUCUUUUGCAUCCUUCAAGCUUAUAUUUGAAAAUUGUAAAUACAAUUGCUUCGACACAUUCUCAUUUGUAUAUCUACGAACUACCUAUAUUUGUGGUAGUUUACAGAUUCUUAUUUC